AACAUAUAAGGAGAAAAAAAUAAAUCUGAUGGCGCGAGCGAGAAGAGAAAACGGUCGAAACGUUUUAUCUUUCCCUUCCAAAUUUCAAGAGCUCGAAGAGAAACAUCCAUGUCGAUUUCUUCUUCUUCUUCUUCAAAUCUGCGGACCUCACAAGACAUUUAUAGGAUUCUGUCGUCUCUUCAGAUACCUCCCUAAAUUUAGCGGAAUAAAAAACGCCUCUAACUUUAGUAAAAUCCACUUUUCUUCUAACUUUGGCAAUCUUGCUUUUUUGCUAUAACUCUCAGUGACCUCUCUGUUUCUUCCCCCGGAACUCUUUCCAUAUAUCUCUCUGGGACUUAGUUUGGGUUGGUUCAGUUACUGUGAAGCUUCAAGGGUCUCGAUGCAGAGUGGUGUUCAGGAAAUUGGAACUAGGGUUAAGAGCUCUGCUUCAGGUGGUAAUUCUGCGGUUAUGUCGGUUUCGGGAAGUUAUGAGGAUCAUUGUGAAGAGAAACCCAAGAUUAAUGGAGCUGGAGAACGGGUAAUUGAUGAGGUGAUGGAUAAGGGAAGCCCUUCAAGGUCUUCAAUUCCUGUACCCAGCUUGAUUUCUGUUACGGCGGCUACUGUGGAGGCACUUUCGAUGAACUUUGUGCAAGGUUAUGGAUUUGGAGGAGCUGGGGAGGUGAUCAGUGAACAAGCUCCGGUGUUGCAAUCACCAACAGGUUUUUUGCAACUUGGGACUUCUUUUAGUCAUGGAAGUUCAGAGCUUAGCUCCAUCUUUCCUGGGCUCAAUAAUUCAUGUUGCUCAGAACUUGUAGGAAGUCCAUAUCAUCUGCGCUGCUUUCCAUACAACAACAUGUGUUUCUCAAGUGCUGCAGCACAGAAUCUGAAGCAGAAAGUUGAGAUUUCUGGGAGCUCUUAUGACACAGCCCACACGGAAAGCUUCUUCAGUCAGCCAAGUGGUUUUUAUGCGACGGGUUCUCUGCCCCUGCAGGGAUGGAGCGACAAAAGUUUUGAGAAUCCAAGAAAAGUCUUCAUGCCUAUUCAAGCUGUGUUUCAGAAUUGCCUUUCCCCCGCUUCGGGUCCACAGAUUUGCAAUCCUUCAGGUGGUGGUACCUCAGCUACCAUGCACAAGCGGAAGGUAGUUCAUCCAAGUUUUUCUAGCAGCUUGAACGUGGCAGUUGUUUCAGAUGGCACAAAGAAGGAUAAGUCGGAACCUCCAGAUAAACUUAGGUGGCAUGCCGUUCAGGAACGUAACUCAUUGGAGGUUACUCCUGUUGGGAGGGAAUCAUUUGCUCCUGCUUGUUCUGAGACUCAGCCUGGAUAUGUUCCUUCAGCAUGUUUGUAUAAACCAAAGGAUGACAAGGUGAUUGAAGGGAAAGGUUGGACAGUACUUGUACAGAAGGAAUUACGGAACACUGAUGUCGGAAACCUGGGAAGAAUCGUGCUUCCAAAAAAGGAUGCAGAGGCAAAUCUUCCUACCCUAGUUGCCAAAGAUGGAUUAUUUCUGCAAAUGGAAGACAUGACCUAUUCAAUUAACUGGAAAUUCAAGUAUAGGUAUUGGCCAAACAACAGAAGUAGAAUGUAUGUUAUGGAAAAUACAGGAGAUUUUGUAAGAAUGCACAACCUUCAAACUGGUGAUUUCUUUAUAGUCUAUAAAGAAGAGUGCUCUGGAAAAUAUAUUGCUCGUGGUAAGAAGGAAAUGAGAUCAGGGUAUGCUGAUAUGGUGGAACCAGGAGACCAUGGCAGGAUGGAGGAUCGGGAUGCAAGGAUCAACAGCGAGGCUGGCUUAGAACAUAAAAUCUCCUCAGUAAUGAGUGGUGAUUACGAGGUCGUGAGGGAUGAAACUUUGAUGGCAGGCGAGUCAUUUGAUUUUGACAGAGAUACUGGUGGGCCAUCUCGAACUGCAUUAACUUCGUUACCAGAUCUUGAUCCUGAUGACAUUCCUUGAUAAUUUCUCUUGAGCAAUUAUUGUUUCCCCCUUGCUGAGAGUUUUCUAUUGAGGUUUUUGUAAUGUCUUUGGGUUUCAUAAUUUAGUGAAAGCAUGGAAAAUGACUCGAGGACGUUGAAUUUUUGAAAUGUCACCUUGGUCAAUUUUCCUGAUGAAAGUAUUCCUAAUUUUUUA